GAUGCGCGCGCAAGUUUUCCUGAUAAUUAUAGUAUAAAAGACACGGAUUUCAGCUAACACCACAAUUCGUCACCAGCUAGCCAGCAAUAAACACCACAUUAUUUAUAUUGAAGAUGUCUUCAUUAAAUAUGUGCGUGUUCGUGCUGUGCUUCAUCCUGCUCGCUGUUACAGAAGGUCGUGUUAUUAGGACCAAAGAGUUCCCGUUACCAGCCGAGGGCAUCACCAUGGAGUUCUUAGUGAAGGAUAAAUCAGAUAUGGCUCAUCCUUUAUCAACAUUGAAGAUUGAUAUCGACCACCUAGUGAAGAAAAUUACGGUGACCCAAUCAGUAAACUUUCCGAAAGAACAAGAUUUUAAACGAAGAACUCAUCCGAUUGUGACAUUGGAGGAUCGUUUCGGAGUUAAAGAUGGCAAAUGUCCUUCUGGACGUGUACGAAGGUUGGGAAUUUGCGUUCCUGAUGACGACUACUAAAUUAUACUUGAUAAUCGAACGUGUUUAAUCGACAAUAGCCGCUGUAAAGUUAAGUGUACACUAGUGUUGUGAUUAGAGCAAUACCUUAAAUCAUGUGUCUUUAAGAUCUACAAUCCUCGAGUGCCUUCAAUCCAUAAGUCGAUGUUGAGCCGUAAGUUCUGGUUGAAUACUUAUUGUUUAAAAGGUCAGCAAAAUACUAGCUUUAUAAAAACAACUUAUGGAAAUAAAUAAUGAGUAUACAAAUACGUUUGAUAAUCAUUUGUAAUCUGAAUUACUAUAAGAACAUCCAUAAUGUUUUUUGAAUAAUUAAAAAUAUGCAUUUCAUAAA